AUUUGAAUUGUACGACCAGGAGGUCCAACAAGAGGAGACUUUCCAAAAGUACGUGGCAGGCACCUGUUGUGCACAGUCACUGUCGCACGGAAAUAAUAAAGACAAUUCACUGCAAACUCAAGCACACGUUUCCCUCUACAUCGGGAGAGCCUUUGAUUAUCGAGACUGAGAUAGGUCUACACGGAACUAAAGUUUCGCAUUCCUUUAUUCCACUCGGACAUAUUUAUAACCCGAACAACAGCAACAUCUCCACGCCAAGUAUGCCGCUGUUAUGAAGAUAAGAAUAUAAAUACUCGCUCUGUCCUGUUGCGCGUUGUGAAUCACAGUGGACGGUUGUGUUUUCGGGGGUGUGAUGAAUGUCAUCAUGGAGUCGGGACGGCGGAGAAGUUUGAACAGUGUCCUGUCCUCUCUGUCUCUGCUCUGUGUGGUGCUGGACCUACAGCUGGAUGGUGUGUUAGGAGCCACACCUGUUGAGAUCGAGCAUCAUCUGGAAAUGGGCCGUAAGCUGCUGGCAGCCGGACAGCUGGCCGAGGCCCUGUCUCACUAUCAUUCAGCUGUGGAGGGCGACUCUAAGAAUUAUCUGACGUACUACAAACGGGCUGCCGUUUUUCUGGCCAUGGGCAAAUCCAAGUCAGCACUGCCGGAUCUGACCCAAGCUAUACAGCUUAAGCCAGACUUCCUUGCUGCCAGACUGCAGAGGGGUAAUAUUCUUCUGAAACAAGGAAGCACUCAGGAGGCCAGAGAAGACUUCCAAGCAGUACUGAAUCGUUCCCCGGAUCACGAGGAAGCACAUGAUCAGCUCCUGAAGGUGGAUGAGCUGGAGUCUCGCCAGGAAGAUGCACAUGAAGCUUAUCAGCGUGGAGACUGCAGGAAUGCUGUCCAGGUGCUGGAGCGAGUCAUAGAGCUCUCUCCAUGGGACCCAGAGUCACGAGAGCUGAGAGCCGAAUGCUACAUCCAGCUCGGGGAGCCACGCAAGGCCAUUAUGGACCUGACUCCAGCAUCCCGUCUGCGUGCGGACAACCGAGCAGCUUUUCUCAAACUCAGUCAACUGCAUUACAGUUUAGGCGAGCAUCAUGACUCACUUAAUCAGGUGCGUGAGUGUCUGAAGCUGGAUCAGGAUGAUAAGGAGUGUUUUGCCCUCUACAAACAGGUCAAGAAGCUCAGCAAGCAGCUGGACUCUGCAGAAGAGCUGAUCUCAGAACAGAGGUAUCAGGAAGCCAUUGAGAAGUACGAGUCUGUGAUGCGAACAGAGCCGAACUUGGCAUUCUACACUAAUAAAGCAAAGGAGAGGACGUGUUUCUGCUUAGUCAAAAUGAAGAGUGCUGAAGAGGCUGUAGACAUUUGUUCAGAAGCUCACCAGAGAGAGCCUCAAAAUAUCCACAUCCUCCGGGACCGAGCCGAGGCCUACAUCCUACUACAGGAAUAUGAGAAAGCUGUGGAAGACUAUCAGGAGGCUCGCGAGUUUGACCAGGAGAACCAAGAGCUUCGUGAGGGUCUCGAUCGAGCACAGAAGCUUCUCAAAAUCUCUCGUAAGAGGGACUAUUAUAAGAUCCUGGGGGUCAGCAGGAGUGCCAACAAACAGGAAAUCAUAAAAGCAUAUCGAAAACUGGCUCAGCAGUGGCAUCCUGAUAAUUUCCAGUCUGAAGCAGACAAGAAAGAGGCAGAGAAAAAGUUUAUUGAUAUUGCAUCAGCAAAGGAAGUGCUCACAGAUCCAGAGAUGCGUCAGAAGUUUGAUUCGGGUGAGGAUCCUCUGGACCCUGAGAAUCAGCAGGGGGGUGGAGGUGGAGGAACCAGAGAAUGGCCCUUCGGCUUCAACCCAUUUGAGGGUGGAAACUACCAUUUCAAGUUCAACUUCAACUGAAAGCGAAGGACAAUGAUUUGGACUACGAAACCUGGCUAGACAACCUGCUUCAUUCAGACCGAACUUUGAAGGAAUCUUAUAGAAGCGAGAGUUUUUGGUGUUGUUGAGACUUGAAUCCACAGGCUGUUUUGAACUUCUCCACAUACAAAUUGCUUGAUUGGGCAAAUAACUAUUAGUUUGGGCCUAGAUUUCACCCUCUCUUUAAAGACCUAAACAUGGAGUCUAGUCUUAAGCCCAGUCAUUUUUUUGACAUGUGCCAUCAUUACUCUGACUCUUAUAAUGUACUUUUCUUUUUCUGCUGCUUCUGUUUGUUUUCUUUGAAUAACACUCCAGAAAUUAGGCUUGUGGUUUCUUUUAAACCAGGGGUGUCCAAACUCAUUCCUGGAGGGCCGGUGUCCUGCUGAGAUUAGCUCCAAUUUGCUUUAACACACCUGCCAGAAAGUUUCUAGUAUAUCUAGUAAACGCUUAAUUAGCUGGUUCAGGUGUGUUUGAUUAGGGUUGGAGCCAGGGUCGGUUUGUCCAUAGAGGUGUCCUAGGGCGGCAGAGUAGUCAGGGCUCGUCCAACAAAUCCCCCACGAUACCCCGCCCACCUUUUCUUUUGGUCACAGACAAACCCUACAUCACAUCCUGCCACCAACCCCCCCACGUUCUUUGCUUUUGUCUGUGACAAACCCUGCAUGAUCUCAACGCCCCUCUCUCUUUGCUUUUACCCCCCCAACACACACUCUUUUCCAGAUUGAAAGCAGCAUAACUUUCGGUUUGAGAGCGCCAUUCUCAUUGUUUGCCUAGAGCGCCUGAUGAGCUUGCUUUGGCCCUGGUUGGAGCUAAACUCUCCAGGACUCCAGCCCCCAAUGGUCUCAAACUCAAUUCCUGGAGGGCCGCAGCUCUGCAUAGUUUCGCUUUAACCACCUCCAACUCACACCUGCCUAAUAGUCUCUAGUAGUCUUGAACAGCUUGAUUAGUUGCAUCAGCUGUGUUUGAAUAGGGUUGGAGCAAAACUGUGCAGAUCUGCGGCCUUUCAGAAAUCGAGAUUGAGGCCUAUGUUUUAGACCAGGGGUGUUUAAACCUAGUCCUGGAGAGCCGGUGUCCUGCAAAGUUUAACUCCAGUCCCAAUCAGACACAAUUUGUGCAUGCGAAAUCCUGUUGUACGGUGCUACGAUAAGGGGGGGGGGGGUGUAAACAAGAUGAUUAAAAAUUUAAAAAAGUGAGCGAUUGGUCCAUGUUUUAAUAUUCUGUCCAGAGAGGUCAUGUUUUGAUCUUCUAUUGGUCUCACGCAAUCAUGUGAUGCAAUUUCGCAGGUCAGAGUUCACCAAGCUUGAACUUGAGCUUGCAUUUCUGGUCUGACGCAUUCGCGUACGUAUGAAUGGGAAGGCUUUCUAGAAUCAUCCUUGCAGGUGUGUUAAGGCAAGUUGAAGCUAAAAUCUGCAGGACACCGGCCCUCCAGGACAAGUUUGCACACCCCUGUUUUAGACUGUGCCAUCAUGUUCUCCUGACUGCAGGAUGUCACACAUUCUUUCAGCUCAGACAUGCCUUUAAAUAGA